AUGCUUGCUUUUGUUCGACGUGGAGGGAGUACAGAUCUGCAGAAUGUCCCAUGGGGAACAGGUGGACGUAAGGAGUUUGCAGAGGAAGCAGUUCCCAGACUAGAACGGGAAGUGGAGAUAGAGCAAGUUCCAGCUGGGACCAGGCUGUUGAAAAAGCACCCUCAGUCAGAUACUUUCAUAAGGACUUCCAGCCAUAAUCAGCUGUUGGCAGAAAUGAUGCAAUCCCAUAUGGUUAAAGAUAUGUGUUUAAUUGGAGGAAAAGGCUGUGGCAAAACAGUUAUUGCUAAGGAGUUUGCUGAUAUACUGGGAUACAGCAUAGAACCGAUCAUGCUGUACCAGGAUAUGACAGCUAGAGAUUUGCUACAGCAAAGGUAUACUCUUCCUAAUGGAGACACUGCUUGGAGACCAUCGCCACUUGUUACUGCUGCGCUGGAAGGAAAGCUUGUUAUUCUUGAUGGCAUUCAUCGAAUUAACCCUGGCACUCUAGCUGUACUUCAAAGACUAAUACAUGACAGAGAACUGACUCUCUAUGACGGAACCAGAUUGUUAAGGGAAGAUAGGUACCAGAACUUAAAAGAAGAAUUACAGAUCUCUGAUGAGAAACUACAGGAAAGGUCCAUCUUUCCUAUCCAUCCGUCUUUCAGAAUAGUGGUUUUAGCAGAACCUCCUGUCAUUGGAAGCAGUACCCAACAAUGGCUGGGUCCAGAGUUUCUGACAUUGUUUCUUUUUCAUAAUGUUCGAUCUUUAAGCAAGAGUGAAGAAAUUGAAGUUAUUAAGAAAAUGAUUCCAAAUGUACCCAGUGUUGCUGUGGAGCAGUUGUUGUCAUUAACACACAAGCUACGGGAGACAAAUGAUGCCACAGCACAGUCACUGGCUUCAUCUUUAUCUACUCGACAGCUAUUGCGAAUUUGUCGUCGACUGUCACAACAUCCAGAUGAAAGCCUUUACUAUGCUGUUAAUAAAGCCUGCCUUUCCAGGUUUUUACCAAACCUUGCUAGAUCAGCUUUACAUAAAAAUCUGCAGGAUUCUGGUAUUGAGACAAGUCCAGAUGACAUGAAGAAACUAGAGGAAAAGGAUUACACAUGUGAAAUAAAUGAUGGCAUUCUGAAGAUAGGGUCUGUGACGAUGCCAGUUUAUAACUCAGCCGAGAAAAUGAAAGUGCCUGAUGUUUUGUUUUACGAAAAUGCACAACACAUGAUGGUAAUGGAAGAUAUGCUCAAGGACUUUCUGCUGGGAGAACAUCUUCUUUUAGUUGGCAAUCAGGGGAAUGGAGGCAAGGACAGCGUCCUUCAUGACCAGGUUCUCAGUCCUACAGCGUCCAAGCAAGAAGAGGAGGUCUGGGGACAGCAGCCAUGGACAGCCAAGUGCCCAGUGGCUGCCAGACAGGUCCAUGGUGAUGAGGCAGGUCUGAAGUCAAGCUGGGAAGUCAAGUCGGCAGGUCCGGGCUGGGAUGAGCAAG